UGAGCCGUAUAGUCGGAGGAAGAAAGAGGCGAGGAGAGCUUAUUUAGCUUCUCUUCUCUUUUCCAAGGUUCUCCAUCAUCUGGCAUGCAGAGCUUCAGGAAUCUUAAUUUUCUUUUUCAUGCUAUUUAGAUUCUGGAAGAGUUGAACGUCCAAAAUUCUUGACUCACGUCGACUAUCCAUAUAUCCUCUUCUGGAGCUCUGAUCAGACUGUAUUUUGUAGAUUUUCUGGACUUUUUUCUUAUUGAAAAUGGUGUCUGCGAAUCGGGAAAUGGUGGUUUACUGCUUUGACACGCUUGUAGCUCAUUACAAUAGUGAAGAGGUUCCUCCACCUGCCUUUGAUGAAGGGCAACACCCACUGUUCGUCACCUGGAAGAAAGUGGUGAAUGGUGGGGAGCCUCGUCUACGUGGAUGCAUUGGAACUCUGGAAGCUCGUUACUUGAUAAAUGGGUUUAGGGACUAUGCUUUAACCAGUGCUCUAAGAGACCGCCGGUUCCCCCCAAUACAGGCUAAAGAAUUGCCUUACCUGGAAUGUACAGUUUCCAUUUUGACAAACUAUGAAAAUGCUCUCAACUAUCUUGAUUGGGAGAUAGGCACACAUGGUAUAAUUAUUGAGUUCACUGAUCCUGACUACAAUGUGAGGCGAAGUGCAACAUACUUACCCGAGGUGGCUGCCCAUGAAGGCUGGACAAAGAUGGAGACAAUUGACUCGUUGAUGCGCAAAGCAGGUUAUAAUGGUACCAUCAACGAAUCGCUCCGUAAGCGGAUUUCCCUGACUCGUUAUCAGAGCACGAUCUACACUAUGCACUACAGUGACUAUGUCUCCUACGUGAAAAGAAUCAGAGGAGCUUCCCCUGUAGUUAAUGGGUUCAAGUCCAAUUAACCAUUGAUUGUUCCAUCAGCUUUUGAUUAUGACAGAAAGCUGAUUUGGAAUUGAUAGACUUGAUUUAUGAGCAAUUGGGUUGGAAAAAGGGUUUCUUUGUGUUCCAGCCCUUCUGCUUAAUUGUUGUUGUGACACUCAAAAAACCUUACAUUAUUCCUCAAAUUCAUGUGAUUUGAAGAGCAAAUGAACUCUUUAAGAUGCAAUGAAUUUGAAUUAAGACUUUACAAACUUCACGAAAAACUUUAUGUAGAUUAAUCCCAAAUUAUAUGUUCACUAGUUGAAUUCCAAGCAGAGACAGCUUA